UUAAAUGUAAUAUUUAAGUGAAUUUGAGUUAUCAUUGCAUAAGAAUGUCCGAUAAGUUUGAAGAAAGUAUUGAACUGAUGAAGAAUGAGAGGACAGGAAUCGCCACCAUUUGUAUCAAUAAUUACAAGAAGAGAAAUGCACUCAACGAUGAAUUGAUGGAACAGUUAUCGGAAGUGAUCACUGAAUUGGAAAAGUGGUCAACAGGAAAGGCUGUCAUAAUCUAUGGCACAAACGGAUUCUUUUCUUCGGGAGUUGACCUGAAUUUUGUGCGAAAACACUCUUCGAUUGCGGAAUCGGGUUAUCAUUACAGCCGACUAAUGCACUCCAACUUAAGUCGUCUCCAAUGUCUACCGAUACUAACUGUGGCCGCAGUGGAGGGCCAGGCGUUGGGCGGCGGCGCUGAGAUACUGACCGCUUGCGAUAUAAGGAUAGCGACCAAAAGUGCCAAAAUUGCAUUCUUACAGAUCUGUAUGGGAGUGACCACUGGCUGGAGUGGCGGCACACGACUC